CGUAUAUUUUACUUCAAUUUUCCAAGUCAAUUUCUCUCAACUUUCCCCCUUCUUCCUAUCUUCUUCCCUUCAUCUCUCUUACUCUUCUUCUACCUAAUAACAACCCCCCCCUUCUUCUCCUCCAACAAUUAACCCAUAAUCUUCCUUCCAUUUCUCAUACAGAGUCCCAUAUGGAAGUCGUUGUUGUUCCAGUCCCUCCUCCCGGUGCCGACAUCUUCAACUUUGGUAGCCCUUGCUCCUCCCAUUAUCUUUCUGCUCCUUCUACUCCCUUCUCCUCCCUCAGUGCUCCCACAAGCCCCACUUCUCUCGGCUUCAACUUCUUCCGCCUCGACAACGAUGUCGACGUUCCAAUCGGCUCUCCCUCUGCCGUCCCCUUCCACUGGGAGGAGAAGCCCGGCAUCCCCAAGUCCCCCGAUAAUUGCGCCUCCGGUGACGAUCAUGAUUUUGAAUUUCAUUGUUCCCGCCACUCCUUCUUCUCUAAACCUUCCAUCUCCGCCGAUGAGCUCUUCCAUGCCGGCAAGAUCAAGCCGCUCAAACCGCCGCCCGGAUUUCAGUCGAACAUGUCGUCGCCAAGAUCGCCGCACAACCUGAGGCUUUCGCCUCGUAAAAGCAAAAGCAACAUCGACACGAAGAACAUCAACGACGACCCAUUUGAAGCAGCACUAAUCAAAGAAACUCAUUGCCAUAGGAUCAAUUACGAGCUCAUUGAUUCAAAUGACAACAACGAAAUUAUUAGAGGAAGAACAGACAAAAUUUCAUACAUUCACUCUAAUUUUUCUCGCAAACAAACUCGAUCUCUUUCCCCUUUCAGACUCUCCUCUGAAUCCGCACUCCAUGGAGAUGGCGCCAGAAAAUCAAAAUCGUCGUCUUUUUUGUCGGCGAUUUCGUUUUCAAAGACCAAUAGGAAAUGGAGGCUUAGAGAUUUGUUGUUUCGCAGUGCGUCGGAAGGUCGGGCGACGGAGAAAGCCGAUAAGCUGAGGUCUACAUACGUUGUAAUGUCGGAAAAAUUGGAUGACGAUGUGAAGAUUUCAAGUUUCCGGUCAGAGGAUAGUGGCGGUCCCAGAAUGCGUUAUACGGCGGCGAACCGGGCGGUUUCUGAGGAGUUGAAGAAGAAGAGUUUUUUGCCGAAUAAACCGGGAUUCUUGGGCCGUUGCUUGCGGUUUAACCGGUCCGGUAUACAGGAGAUUUCUAGAGGAAUUGGGUCAUUGACACGUGGAUGAACCGGCAAGAUUUUUUAAUUUGAUUUUUUUUUUUUUAUUUAGUUCGGAUUGAUCAAUGUAAGGAGUGAUGUUCUUGUCGGUGUUUGAAACAUAAAUAAAUUCAUGAUUAUAGAGAAUUUGGUUGAAGAUGUAAGAAAUUGAAGAUAUGAAUAAUAAGAAAGAGAGUCUUUUUUUUUUCUAUU